GACACGGAUUGUCUCACUCGGAUAUGGCACAUCUCUGGAUCCAAUAAGAGAAUUUCACAGCGUCAGACGCGUCUGCGGCGGCAGAGACCAGCGGAGGGACUCGGAAACUUGUGCGGCGCAGGAGACGGUCUCUCUCUCUUUUGGAAUCGGCGCUGCCACGGCUGUCACAGAGAGAGACAGAGCCAUGUUGAACUCCCUCGUACUGAUGCUCAGCUGGACGGUGAUCUCCGAAGUGGCGAGAGCCCAGAAUGACACGGAGCCUAUCGUCCUGGAGGGGAAAUGUCUCGUGGUCUGCGACUCCAACCCGACCACGGACUGGAAGGCUUCGUCCUCCCCGCUCGGCAUCUCAGUGCGCGCCGCCAACUCCAAGGUGGCUUUCUCUGCAGUCCGGAGCAACAACCACGAACCGUCGGAGAUGAGCAACAAAACGAGAAUAAUCUACUUCGACCAGGUUCUUGUGAAUAUAGGAAACUACUUCACAUUUGAAUCAGUAUUUUUGUCCCCAAGAAAAGGCAUCUACAGUUUUAACUUCCAUGUCAUUAAAGUGUACCAGAGCCAAACCAUACAGGUGAACUUAAUGUUGAAUGGGAAACCAGUCAUCUCUGCCUUUGCGGGUGACAAAGAUGUAACUCGUGAGGCGGCCACCAAUGGAGUUCUGCUCUAUCUAGAAAAAGAGGACAAAGUCUACUUAAAGCUGGAAAAGGGAAACCUAGUUGGUGGAUGGCAAUACUCAACAUUUUCUGGCUUUCUUGUGUUCCCUCUGUAAAAAAAAAAAAAAAAGAAAAAGAAAAGAAGAUUGUAAGCUCACUGACUUCUUCAUAAUGUGUUGUCACUGUGUAAUCAAAACAUUGCGGCUGCGUCCGUUGGAUCUUGCAAAAUUGUUGAAAAAUGAUAGAUGGAAGUGGAUCAGAGCAGAGAGAGAGGAAAUAUGACUUUGGAAAUCGUUCACAUUCUCUGGAUGUGCCGAGUCCUCGUUCAGCUGAAAGAGACUUGAAAUCUUCCCUAUCGCUACUCUAUGUUCCUGUCACUCAAGCAGCCUCAGAGAGAGGGACGCUAAAACAUCCCAAAAGUACUUUUUGAACUUUGACUUGUCAGAGUAUAUUUAGCAUACUGAUGUUUUUCAUGGCAACUGUUUGCAUUCAAGUACAUCUGCUUUUUAGGUGUAAACUGUAAAUGCUUGUGUUAUUUUUGUGACUUGUCAUCACCAAAGUAUUCACCUUGUAAGUAUUGGGAGGGCAUCUUCUCUGGAGCCAAUUGUUCCUGAUCAAGAGUUGGUCAAAUGAGAGGAGUGAUGAAACAAAUUUUUGAAUUUGAUUUUAAAUGCUUAUUGUUAAUUGUAAAGCGUGUUAAGUGAUCAAGGAAUGGAUGGAUCUGAAUAGGCCUACCGGGGCACAGGGCCCCCUGGUCAUAGGAAACCUGGUCACAGGGCCCCUGGGCCCCCUAACCCAUUGGGCUCCCUGGGCUUCACCUGUAAUGUCACUAAAAGCCUUUUACAAGUCUGUGCCCAGGGGCCCGUUGUGUCAUAAUCCGUCCAUGAUCAGAGGUCAGAUUUAAACAUAUGUAUGAACAUUUAUGCUCACUGCUGUUUUGCUUUUGAUGAAUUAUAGUGGUCAGUUUACUUUAACACUCUCUCCUAGAAAUCACAUUUAUAUUCCACAAAUGUGCUUUGAGGGAAACGUAAUUCUUGCCUGGAUUGUGUGCAGUUGCAAAGUUAUCGUCAAUGACAAUUUAUUAUUACCUGUGGCUGUGGACACUGGGGUUAGCAUCCUGAGUCCAACGCACAGUCAGCUUUAGUCUACAGAAGCACUUUGGUUACAGAGGCUGUAAUCAAUGUUUUUACAUGAACAAUUGACCAAAUGACUACUUGUAUGUGAACAGGGUUGCAUGUAGUGAUGAACACACACAGAGAGUAAUCAACCGACUGCGGUUCCCUUAAAAUUUCACUUUCAGUUUUUUAACAUUAAUAUGCAUUCCCCCAGCCUGCCUAUGGUCCCCCAGUGGCUAGAAAUGGUGAUAGGUGUAAACCGAGCCC